AUGGCAACCGCCAUGAUGUGGCUGCUCCCGGUGAUCAUUGGCUUACUGUAUGGACCCUACAUUUCUGUGGGAUAUGCACCUAAAGGGCACCCAAAAGAGACGAAGACGAAGUCGGUGGAGAAGUCCCUCAUUCGCAUGCUACUCAACCGAUACGAACAAUACGGGGUGAUCGGCAGACCGGUGAAUGACAGCAAGAUUCAAGUCGUGGUCGCCUACGGUCUUCAAUUAUUCCAAAUCCUGGAUCUAGAUGAAAACAAGCAAAUUUUGAGAACAAACUGCUGGGGAAUGUAUGUGAGUGAGUCUUAUUGUGCACAUUCCCACGGUGGAGUAAAAUCGCGUUUAAGCAUGGCAACAUUGACGGGUGUGGCAUAUGAGUUAGAUGCGUGGUGCGCACUCAGUGUUGAGUACGUUAACCUCAUGAACAUCUGA